AUGAGUUUACGUCAACGAUCCUCAUCCGCCCUUGCCCAGGCCGCGGCCAGGAGGACAGCGGCACCGCUCUGUCUGCUCUGCCGGCUGCCACAGGAGCCAUUUCGAGUACACCGAGCCGGCCUCCAUUCGACCUCAAGAAGGGAUUCAGCCUGGGCGGCGGCGGUGCAGGUUGCCUCAAAUGUCGUCGGCAACGUCGUCAAGAAGGCCAGCAAGGAUACCAUGGCCAUUGAUCCCCUCCGGACAGUCGCCAAGGAGAUGAAAUUCCUCACUGGAAACAUCCGAAAGCUUCUGGGCUCUGGCCACCCCUCUCUCGACCGAGUCGCAAAAUACUAUACCCAAGCCGAGGGCAAGCAUGUCCGGCCCAUGAUCGUCCUGCUAAUGAGCCGAGCCACGUAUCUGUGUGCCAAGAAUCCGCAGAGCGACAGCCCCCAGACUGCUCACGCCAUCGACACAUCAAUAUCGCCUGGCCGGGUCCUCAGCGACUUCAACCCCUCGUCGCUGCCGUUGACGGCCCCCGAGGCUGACAUGGCCAGCACCGAACUUGAUAUUCUUCCCAGCCAGCGACGCCUAGCCGAGAUUGCCGAGCUCAUCCACACCGCUUCGCUACUCCACGACGAUGUCAUCGACCACUCCGAGGCGCGUCGUGGCUCUCCCUCUGCCAACCUCGAGUUCGGCAACAAGAUGGCCGUGCUUGCGGGCGACUUUCUGCUGGGCCGCGCAUCCGUCGCCCUGGCGCGUCUGCGCAAUGCCGAGGUGGUGGAACUUUUGGCUACCGUCAUUGCCAACCUUGUGGAAGGUGAAUUCAUGCAGCUGAAGAAUACGGAGCGGGAUGAGCGCAAUCCCAAGUGGUCCGAGGAGGCCCUCAGCUACUACUUGCAGAAGACGUACCUGAAAACUGCUAGUCUCAUAUCCAAGUCUUGCCGCGCUGCAGCUCUGCUCGGUAAUACUGACGUUGCCACCGUCGAGGCUGCCUACUCGUACGGCAGAAAUCUUGGACUGGCAUUCCAACUAGUUGACGACAUGCUUGAUUACACUCGUUCAGACAAGGACCUCGGCAAACCUGCAGGUGCUGAUCUCGAGCUUGGCCUCGCCACCGCACCACUUCUGUUUGCUUGGAAGGAGACGCCAGAGCUUGGCGCCCUUGUUGGCCGCAAGUUUGAACAGGAGGGCGAUGUCCAGCGCGCCCGUGAGCUUGUUCUUCAGAGCGACGGCAUCGAGCAGACCCGCGCCCUGGCCCACGACUACUCCGAAAAGGCUAUUGCUGCCAUUGCGCACUUCCCUGACAGCGAAGCCAAAGACGGCCUCAUUGAGAUGGCCGAGAAGACUGUCAAGCGCAAGAAAUAA